GUUUCCUCCACGUUUAAUAGGCAUUCGAUGGUUGAAGGAUGCUAAAAAUUCAGUUUAUAUGUCUUAUGAGACGGGAUAAUUCUAAUGAUAUGAUUAUUACUGUGCGCUUUGGGGUUUUAAGUGAAUGUUUUAAUAGACUUGGUCACCUUGCCUCAAAGAGUCGUGAAAGUUAUAAUUUCAUAAGGAAUGAAAUUUUGAAGCUUACUGAUAAGUUACAAAAAGAAGUUGGUUUGCACCACAAUGGAUAUGAUGCUAGUAAUGAUUAUUGUGACCCCCUUGUUGUUAAGACAAAAGGUGUCCCAUCAAAGAAAAAUGUCAAGAAAAAGAGUAGGAAGUGUUCUAAUUGUAACUUAACUGGUCAUGUAGCUUCAACAUGUCCUAUCCUCCUUUUCAUGGAUUAUGACUUUAGUUCCAGUGAGGAUACUACAGAAUUGGAUCAUGCUGGUGUUAUAAAUAGUGAUCAAAGAAGUCGACAACAGAUGUUAAACUUUCAAUAUCCACAAUACUUGCCAAUAAAUGAGAAUUAUCGUUUGAUGAACAUGGCUGGUGCAUCUAGUUGGUCUGACUUACUUCAAAAUGUUAUGAAUGGGGGCACUGAAACAAGUAAAAAACCAGGGUAGAAAAUGGUGAUUUCUUAGCUUUAGAUGCUAAAUUUUACAAGCAACAAUGGUUUUGCUUUGACUAGAACGGACGUUGAGACAAUGUUGUUAGUUUGCCAUGCAAAAUUAUAAGUGAAUUUUGAAAUUUAAACAUAUUUAAAUUUUAUAUUGUGAAAAAAUGAUUGUCCUACACUUAUUUUGAAAUGAUAUUCAGCCAAAAUUUUAAAUACUUAUGACUUUA